AUGGGUCAAACACUUUCAGAGCCAGGUAUUGUCUUGUUAUCCGUGGAUUAUACAAAUCCAACGCUCAUGCACAGUCACCGAAAAGCACCUGAGUCUGGCGCCGAUGACCGCUAUGCGUAUGCAAUCUCAGAUGCAAGGAUGGCGAGUCAUAUCAAGGGAGAAGUUAAGCCAAUGAGCUUUGACCACAAACCGACAAAUAAAGAUGAAACUGCGCGUAUUGUGGCCGCUGGCGGCUUUGUGGAAUAUGGACGUGUAAACGGCAAUCUUGCGCUCUCUCGAGCCAUUGGGGAUUCUGAAUUCAAGAGCAAUAAUUCCCUCGGUCCAGAGAAGCAAAUUGUUACGGCAAACCCAGAUAUUGAAAUUCAUGAACUAAGUGAUGAAGACGAGUUUCUGAUCCUUGCUUGCGAUGGCAUCUGGGACUGCCUAAGCUCACAGCAGGCCGUUGACAUGGUUAGGCGCCUGAUUGCUCAGAAAAAGUCGCUACAAGAGAUUUGCGAAACGACCAUUCAACGUUGCUGUGCGCCCGACGCCGAUACAGGAGCUGGCGUCGGCUGCGACAACAUGACCAUGAUCGUCGUUGCGAUUCUGAAUGGGCGAACCAUUGAUCAAUGGUACGACUGGAUUGCCGAACGAGUCGAGAAGAAUUAUGGCUACGCCACACCGGAGGAUCUCCCUCAGAUAUUCGCCGAGAGCCGAAUCCUCGCCGCCCAGAAUCGUAGUCAAUAUCGCAGCAAUGCGGCAUCGGCUCCGGGCACUUUUACACUGCGAGGACCGGCUGGCUUUGGUGCGCUGGCCAGAAUCAUGGCGGGAGGAACGGGCAUCAGCUUUGCGCCUGCCGGUCGCGGUGGGGGCUCUAAUAUUCUUUCAUUUAGUCACGACGAUGAUGACGACGACUAUGAAGAUGAUGACGAUGACGACGCGGGAGACACGGGGGAGGGUGGCCUCUUUGGGGUCAACCGACUCAAAGUGGGUGGCGACGGGAAGGACAAGACCAACUCGCUCAAGAGUCAACUAAGUGACCUCGAGUCUGGUCUGCAUGAUGACGAGAUGGACCACGAUGGUGGGGCAAAAAUUACCGCUGUUGACGAGGACGAGGAGAUGACCGACUCGCUCCCGCGUGCGCACAUCACGCUCGCGUCGCCCUCGGAGAAGCAAGGAAUGAUUGACUUGGGUGUCGUACAAGUUGACAAGAGCUCGGAAACGCCAUCGGAGACUGGAUUCGCCAACGAUGGCAAGAGCUGGGUCAAAGUCUCCAGCCCUGCCCACUCUGAAAUUUCUUCGAUUGGAUCGCCUCUUGUCCCACUCCCAUCACUGGCCAUCGGGAAGGCGCCCGCGGGUGCAGAAGCGUCGAAACGCCAGGAGACGCCUCCGCCACCUGUCCCAGCGCCGUCUGCUGCUAUACCCGAAGACAAGGUGCCGCCACAAGAUACGGGGAGGGUGCCAGAUGCAGACGCUCAUCCUGGUUUGACAAACCAUUUAUUGGACAAAAACGAAGAUACAAUCAAAGCUUGA